UUAGAUUUUAAACUUUCAGUUGCCCUCACGCGAAGCACACCAAUGGAACUCUUCGUAGUUCUGGUGACCUGUCUUUCUUUUUUGAUUUUCCUUUUUCUGUGGAAUCAGAGGCAUGCCAAAGGGAAGCUGCCACCUGGGCCCACUCCUCUCCCAGUUUUUGGAAAUAUUUUCCAGAUAAAUACUAAGAAUGUCAGCAAAUCCAUAAGCAAGCUAGCAGAAGAUUAUGGUCCUGUGUUCACUCUGUAUUUUGGCAUGAAGCCCACUGUGGUGUUGCAUGGAUAUGAAGCAGUGAAGCAAGUCCUAAUUGAUCAGAGUGAGGAAUUUUCUGCCAGAGGCAGUUUACCAGCAGCAGACAACAUCAACCAGGGAUUAGGAAUUGUUUUCAGCAAUGGAGAAAAAUGGAAGCAAACUCGGCGUUUCUCCCUCAUGGUUUUGAGGAAUAUGGGGAUGGGGAAGAGGACGAUUGAACACAGAAUUCAAGAGGAAGCCUUGUGUUUGGUGGAAGCAUUAAAAAAAACCAAUGGAUCUCCAUGUGAUCCUACUUUCCUUCUGAGCUAUGCUCCCUGCAAUGUGAUCUGCUCCAUUAUAUUCCAGAAUCGUUUUGAAUACAGUGAUGAAAAAUUUCUGACCUUGGCAAAGUAUUUUGAUGAAAAUGCAAAAAUUGUAAGCACCCCCUGGAUUGAGCUCUACAAUGCUUUCCCCUCUUUACUACAUUAUCUCCCAGGGAGUCAUAACACAUUAUUUAAAAACAUGACUGAGCAAAGAAAGUUUAUUUUGGAGAAAAUAAAGGAACACCAAGAAUCCUUGGACCUCAAUAACCCUCAAGACUUUAUUGAUUACUUCCUGAUUAAAAUGGAAAAGGAGAAACACAAUAAACAGUCUGAGUUUACCAUGGACAACUUGAUCACCACUGUAUGGGAUGUGCUUACUGCUGGAACAGAGACAACAAGCCUCACUCUGAGAUAUGGGGUCCUGCUCCUGCUGAAGCACCCAGAGGUCACAGCUAAAGUGCAGGAAGAAAUUAACCGUGUGGUUGGCAGAAACCGGAGUCCAUGCAUGGAGGACAGGAGCCGCAUGCCCUACACAGAUGCUGUGAUCCACGAGAUCCAGAGAUUCAUUGACCUUAUCCCCAACAACCUACCCCAUGCUGCAGCUCAGGACAUUAAAUUCAGAGAAUAUCUCAUUCCCAAGGGCACAACCAUAUUAACAUCUCUGACUUCUGUCCUGCACGAUGGCAAGGAGUUUCCCAACCCAGAGCAGUUUGAUCCUGGUCACUUCCUGGAUAAAAGUGGUAACUUUAAGAAGAGUGACUACUUCAUGGCUUUUUCAGCAGGAAAAAGAGUUUGUGUUGGAGAAGGCCUGGCCCGCAUGGAACUGUUUUUACUCCUGGUCAGCAUUUUACAGAAGUUUACCUUGAAACCUCUGGUUGAUCUGAAGAACAUUGAUACUACACCACUUCUGAAAGGGGUGGGAUCUAUACCACACUUCUAUGAGGUCUGUUUCAUUCCAGUCUGAAGAAAGGGCUGCUGCCAGAUUGCAGAUAAGCCUCUCCAGCUCUGUCUACACAAGCUGAUGCUCUUUGCCCUUGCUGUUAGCUAUGGUCCACCUCUCCCUUAAAGUCAGGAGUGACAUUCCUGAGCCCUGUCUCUUCUGAUUUUCUUUAAGAUUCAGUUCAAGUUUUGCUUCAUGAACUACAGCUCACUGUUUUGUCUUCAAUAAAAUGUUUUUUUGUAAUUCUAUCCUGAGAUCUUAAGCUGUAUCUUAUCUACAGUGAAAAGGUACCUUAUAAAUGUCAUACUUUGAUUUUUAAAAAAAUUAGAGUAGAAAAUUAUCACGUGUUAAAAAAUAUAUGUGUAUAAUGUACUCAUCUCUUACUGCUAUUAUCUCUUCAGGGGAGUAAUCUCUUGACAGUUUGGCAUGUAUAAUUUCUGUUUUUUCAGUGUUCAUUAAAGUGUAAUCGUAUGUGUGA